ACAAAAUGGCGGCCUUCUGCACAGGAUAACGCGGUGUUUCAAAACUAUCAUGACAACAUGUCACUCUUGAGAUUGUGUGCCUAUUCAGCGGCUUUAACGCGCAGUUUUGCAGCUGACGGGUGUCUUCGUAGUUUUCUAAAAGGCGAUUGUUGUCGCAUGUGUCUCAGAAUAAGGAUCAACGGAGAGAGACAAAUACAAGAAAAAGUAUGGGCUACGAUUUACCGAAGGCACUAUUCAGUCAUUCCUAAGAAGGAUGAUGGGAAGAAAAGAGUCUGGGAACAGUCUCAGCUGUUGGAUGUUCUGGAGGCCAGAAUCCAACAGCUGCAAUCUGACGCCGUUGUAGACGUCAAACAUUCAAAGGUGCAAAUCAUCAAAGCAAAGCAGAGAGCAAAGAAAACAUCACCUGGGAAAAGUCAGAAGAACCUGCCAGGAGAAAAAGCAGAAAUGCUUAAAAGCGGUCCCUCUGCUCAAAAAAAGAAAGUAACUGAAGGUGUCACACCUGCCAAUACUCACGCAAGUCGCUGGAUGGCAAAACUCAAUCGGGAAAUGUGGAUCAAUCCCAAAACCAAAACUUCUAAAAAGGUCAUCAAGACGGGCCAAAGCAGUAAGACGAAACACUGCACAAACACUGCGCAAAAUAAAGGAAAAGGUUUCAGAGUCUCUGAAAGACUACUGGCCAAGUUUCCAGAUCUCCAAAAAAUACACAGUGGUGAAGUUAGCUUGAUUUCAGCCAUUUCAGAUAAAGCACUGGUUAAUGAAGGAGAGCUCGAUGUAAGCGUGCCUGCUCCUGAAAAGCUACUGGUGGAUAAGGAAGGAAACCGCUAUGAAGAUUCACAUCUCCGUGUUCGGUGCUAUUUGGAGGCUUGUAUGUUUCUUGACGAUGUCUCUCGAGCUCAGAACUACCUGCUGUCUCAUCAUCGUCAGCUUUCCAAACGCUCACAGCUGUCUAUCAGCGCCUACAACAUCGUCAUGCGGAUGUGGGCCAAAAAG